AGCAGAGAGUGCUUGGUGUGGGCAGGCCUGCCCCGCCGGGCAGCUGAGCAGGGUCCCUGAAGGUUGGGGUGCGGAUGGGCACGGGGGCGCUGUGCGAGAGGCACUCAUGGGAGACCACCUUAAACAGGCCCCGAGCUGGGGGUAGUGCUGCUCUUGGGGGGGUGUUGGCAUCUUUUGGGAGCUAAGCAGGGUCCCUUAGGGUCAAGGUGUGAAUGGGAGACCAGGGGCACCCCAGUGAUGGGGUUGGAGGGGCUAAGCAGGCUGUGCUAAGCGUGGAGCCUGGAUGAGAGCCCCCCGUUGCCCUUGGCUCGGCAGGGGGAGGGAGUGGUAUCCAUGCAGCAGUGCUGGGUGCUUCCUCCGAGCCAAGCAGGAUCCUUUAGGGUUGAUCCCUGGUAGCAGACCUUUACCCAGGACCCUGCUGCCAUUUUUUGGAGGCACUGCUGCCUUUUUACAAGCUAAGCAGGGUGCAGGAGGGUCAGAGGGUGGAUGGGAGACCAGGGAAUGCCAGGCAGGCAACUACCCCCACCCUCUCUUGCAGCUCUCCAUGUCCCUCCCUCACUUGAAGCUGGAGGUGCCCCACACCCGCCGAGACCUGCCGCGGCCUUGGGUGGCCUCCCGUACAGGAGAGCCCUGCAUGGGCCACAGCCCCCCCUCAGCCAAGCAGCCCCGGGCGCUGGACCCAGAGGGGGCCAAGGCGCGGGCCCGGCUGCAGCAGGAGCUGGAAGCCAUGGCCGAGCAAGUGGGGCAGCUGCGGGAGAACCUGGCCCAGAUCUCCUGGGGCCUGGCCUGGGCGGGGCUGGCGUCGGGGAUCCCCCCCAGGCUGGAGAGGGGGGUCCCCCCGGGGCUGGCCCAGCUGCUCAAGGAGGAGCUGGGGGCCGUGGUGGACGCAGUGCUGAGGGGGGUUGUGCCCCCACCCCGCUGCCGGCCCCCGGGGGACCAGGCUGAGGCCCUGGCACUGGUGGUGAGGAAGCCCCCGGUGGCCCCCCUGCUGCCCCACAGCGGCCUGGACGGCCCCCCCUGCCAGCCUCCCGCCCAGGGCAGCCUCACCCCCCAGCACCUGAAGAAGGCCAAGCUCAUGUUCUUCUACACCCGCUACCCCAGCGCCACCACCCUCAAGGCCUACUUCCCCGACGUCAGGUUCAGCCGCAGCGUCACCGCGCAGCUCAUCAAGUGGUUCAGCAACUUCCGGGAGUUCUUCUACCUCCAGGCCGAGAGGUUCUCGCGCCAGGCGCUGAGCGGGGGCCGGGCCGGGCCCCAGGGCCCCAGCGUCACCCCCGCCUGCCAGCUAGCCCGCGUCCUCGGCCAGCACUUCAACAAGUCCAGCGACUACCAGGUCCCCACCAGCUUCCUGGAGGUGACGCAGGUGGCCGUGCGGGAGUUCUCCCAGGCCAUCGCCGGGGGCCGCGACGCCGACCCCGCCUGGAAGAAGCCCAUUUACAGAGUCAUCUCCAAGCUGGAGGCCAACAUCCCCGAGGCCUUCCGGGCCCCCCCCGGCCCGCCCCACACCUGACGGGGGCUGGCAGCCCGGAUGCCUGGGUGCUGCCCAGCUCUGGGAGGGGAGUGGGGUCCAGGUGGCUCAGAGCGGGGGGCCGCCCGGACUCCUGGGUUCUGCUUUGGGGGAGCUCGGCCCCCCCAGCCCUUUCCCAAUAAACCCCCUUUUGCAAAGCCUUUGGUUUGGGGGUGUCCAUCUGUUCCCCCCCACACUCCUCCCCGAGGCCGGGGCCCGGUCUCUGGUCUUUAUUGGCUACUCGGGCUCCAGCUCGUAGACGGUGACGUGCAGGCGGUCCAGGUCCCAGCCGGCGGCCCCCCGGCCCUGAUCCGGGGCCCGACCCUGGUGCCGGCGCAGCUCGGCCAGGAAGGCGCGCAGGUCGUGU